UGGGAGUAUCGAGUCGGCCAUAGUACCGCGCGGAGCAUUGUGUAGAACUAUUGUAUAGUAGCCGUAGUAGUAGUCAACGAAGGGAAAAUGUUCUCCAACUAUCCACUGACAGUUCUCCUCGUUCUCCUAGUCUGUAUGUCUUCAGCAUACUUGAAACAGAUACCGAGCUACAUAACGCUAUGCAAGCGCGACCAGAGCACGAUCGACAAGUGUGCGCGGGAGGCGGUGGAGGCGCUGCGCCCCAAGCUGAUCGCGGGCAUCCCCGAACUCAACGUGCCCAGCAUCGAGCCCUUUUACAUCCCUGAGAUUAAAACGACUGAAGGUGAAUUAGCAAAUCUCCGAGCGUCCGCCAAAGAUGUGAAGGUGUCUGGAGGUGGUGACUUCACUAUUAAGAGUCUGAACGUGGACCUGGACACUUUCACGAUCCGAGCGCGCGUGCGCUUCCCCAAGCUGCACCUCGAGGGUCUGUACAAGCUCAACACCAGGAUCCUCGUCGUGCCGCUCAAGGGUCAGGGCAACAUGGUCGCUGAUGCUGUAAAAUGCGACGCGGAGCUGGUAUUGUACUCGGAGGUGGAGCAGCGAGACGGGAAGGAGUAUAUCCGGUUCAAGAAACUGGACACCGACAUCAACAUCAAAGAUUACCGCAUCAGGUUGGAUGGACUCUUCAACGGAGACAAGGCUCUUGGUGACGCAACCAACGAGGCGAUCAACCAGAAUAGAGGAGAGUUUCUGAAGGCCACCAAGCCUCACCUGGAGAGGACCGUCUCCCGGAUCCUACUCGACGCAGCCAACAAGAUCGUGGACGGAGUAGCCCUCGACGACCUGCUGCUCAAACCGUGAAGUUCCUACUUCUUAGUCUAGUAGCACUCAGUUAUGUCAAUCUAAGACCGUGUAAUGGAAGACGGUGGGUAGAGAGGGUGGUGACAGCAACUAUCUGAGCGCACAGGUCCAGACCAUCUUACAGUGGAAAGUUCUAACAAGUUGUAGAGUUCGUCCAGAGUAAGUUGGUCCGUUCUGCGUGACCGUGUGCUGUUCACGCGUGGGGACAACUUACACUGGACGGUGAAGAAGAUUGUAGAACUUACCAGUAUAAGUUGGUUUGCGGAAACCCUCACUGGCGCUGUCGCCAUGUCGCCACCACCCCGUUGCCCGCUGUCAUCCUAUUCAUGGCCUUAGACCCCUAUGAUACAGCCGAGUUUUUACUUCAGGCUGAUACAUGCAGUGUUGGGGUUAGUGAUUAUUGUUGCUACAAAUUCUAUUUUAGAAAUAUUUUGAAAUGUCAUAUUCGCGUUAAGCUUUUAAUUCCAAAAUCGCUCGUGUGAUACGUACCUUAGGAGAUCGUAUUGUAAGUAGAAAUGAUAGAAGAUAUUAGGCAUGCAUGAUGGAAUGAAACAUAGGUUUCGUAGGUAUAUUUCGUUUUAGGGAAUCGUAAAAGGGAACAAUCUAAAGUGUAGUAAGUAUUUCUUCGAGCGAUUUGUGCCUUGUUUGAUUUUCCAUGCGUAUUUGUUUUACAUUUCUUUGUAAAAUAUAUUUUAAAUAUGCUGCAGUGAUUCUCUGCUUUGGUACGUAGAAAUUUAAUAAUUUUGAAAUGUUGUUUUUUUUUAUUAUUUUUAACUGUGAUUUUUACUCUCGUAUUUAAAGAUUAUUCUAUUUUAUAUUGUUUUUGGGAGAUCACAACACAAUUGUAAAUAGUAAGUGUUUUAGGAAUAAUUGUGAAAAUCUUCAUAGCUUAAGCCAAAGUGAAAUUUAAAUUCCACAAUAAAGUUGUUAGUAAAAUUA